AUGUCUACUUCCAGUCCUCCUCAUAGAGCAAUCCCGGGUAGAAAAGAUCCAGCUUGGAAAUAUACAGAACCUUUUCCUGAGCAAAAAAAAGGAGAGGCAAAAUGUAAAUUUUGCAAAACAAUCUUUCAUGGAGGCAUAAAUAGAUUGAAAUACCACCUUGCCGGCAUACGUGGCCAUGAUGCAGAGCCUUGCACAAACGCACUUCCUGAGGUUAUUCGUGAGUGCCAAGUGCUAUUAGAAACAUUUGAGACUCGAAAAGAAAUAAAGAAGAGGCAAAGGGAGGAGUUGGCUCAAGCUAGCAUUGGUUGUGUUGGAGAGGCCUCUUCCAUGCCUUCAUAUUGUCCUAGUGGGAGUGCUUGUGCUUCUGUUGCCGGUAGUGUCAGUGCUAGUGGUAGUAUCAAUGCAACUCCAACCAUUGGUCCUAGAGUUCGUAAAUCUAGGAUGGAUUCAUAUUUUGAGCCAUGCACUACUCCUGGUGCCCAACCUUCACUUGAGAGCAUGGCUUGGAACAAAGAGGUACACAAUAAGGCUAAAGCUGCAAUUGGAAGAUUUUGGUUUUAUUGCAAUAUUCCAUUCUUCGCAGCCAGGUCUCCUUAUUGGCAAAGCAUGGUUGAUGCCAUUGCUAUUUGUGGGGCGGGUUUCAAAGCCCCUUCUGAUUCCAAGAUAAGUGUCCCAAUCUUGAUAGAAUCAGUGGCUGAUGUAAAAGCCACAUUAGAGGAACAUCGAGAGAUAUGGAAGAAGAAGGGUUGCACCAUCAUGACCGAUGGUGGCACCAUGUUCAUUAAGUCCAUUGAUGCUUCCGCACAUUCUAAAAAUGCCACUUACCUAUGUGAGAGGCACCCAUCUAUAUUUUGGUCUCCCUGUGCUGCCCAUUUCAUUGACCUCAUGUUGGAGGACAUUGCUAAGAUUGCAUGGAUCAGGACAUGUGUAGAGAAGGCAAAAAAUAUUUGCAAAUUUGUAUACAAUCAUGCAUGGGUCCUUAACUUAAUGAGGCAAUACACGGGGCAGAAGGAGUUGGCUCGUCCUGGAAUCACUAGAUUUGCCACUAACUUCAUCACACUGCAAUCCUUGAUUCGCAGUAAGGCAGCAUUGACACGUAUGCUUGUUGGUGAGGAGUGGACUUCCUCAUCCUAUGCUACGAGUGCUGCAGGAGUUGAUGUUGCAGAUUACAUUUUUGAUGAGCUAGGCUUUUGGACCCCUUGUGCUGAGAUCGUGAAGUUCAUUGAGCCCUUGGUAGUUCUCCUACGUGUUGCUGACGUGGAGAAGUCCGCAAUGGGCUACAUAUACGAGGGCAUGGAUAGGGCCAAGGAGUGCAUCAGAUCUACCUAUGAAGGGGAUGAGAGUAAGUAUCGUCCCAUUUGGGAUAUCAUUGACAGGAGAUGGCAGACCCAGCUUCACAGGCCCCUUCAUGCGGCUGCUUAUUACCUCAAUCCGGCAUUCCAUUUCUGCCCUGAUUUCAAGGCGGAUGAGGAGGUUCUUAGUGGGCUUUACUCAGUGAUAGAGCGAAUGUCGCCUGGUCAUAGCAGCAAUAUAGUCCAGGAGCUAGAGGCUUUUUCUAAUGCUGAAGGGGAGGUCUUCUCUCGUAUGCUUUGCAAAGAAAAUCGGACAAAAAUGCAGCCAGAUAGGUGGUGGCAGAUGUUUGGUCCUAAAACACCAAAUCUUCAACAGGUAGCCAUUCGUAUUUUGAGCCAACCAUGCAGUGCUUCCGGUUGUGAGCGCAAUUGGAGUAUGGUUAUGGACCAUGACAACACCCCGAUCACGCUAGAGGAGGUUGAUCCAGAAUCUGAGUGGAUCAGUGAGGCUACAGAUCCUAUGUUUGGUGAUGAGGACUUAGAUUGGAUCAACGAGGUAGAUAGAGAGGUUGAGGUUGUAGCCAUGGCAGAGGAGGAGGUUAGAGCGCGAGGAGAGCCAGAGCCAGAGCCAGAGCCAGAGCUAGAGCCAGACACAGCUGAUGUUUGUGAGGGUAGAAUGGAGUCACGGGCAGAGAGUAUGGUUGUUGAUGCAUCCAGGACCUACCUUAGGGUUAGAUGCCUUCGUAGGAAGGACCCAGGCUCCUUUGAGCCAUAG